CAACGGUAAACGUUAGCAAAUACAAACAAUACAGCUGCAUAUAUGUAUACAUACAUACAUAACUAUAUUUACGUACAUGUACAUUCUUCUGCACGUACUUAAAUUGAUCACAUGUUAGCAGAUUGCAUAUGGAGUAAAAUAUUUACACGUUCCCUUGUGCAUGCAAUAUUUAAGUUUUGUUUUAACCUACAUACAUAUUUACUAACCACAUUAUUAUUUGGAUAGUUCACAUUGAAACACGACUUUUUUCACGCCAGUUAAACCAGGCUGAAGAAUAAUUUUAAUAUCAUUUAUCAAUUCUCAGUAAUAUGUAAAUCUCAAUUAAAUAUUGUGUGUGUAAUUUAUUGUGUACUGAGUUUUAUAAACUGUUUAAAUAAUUGUGGUAGACCUACUACCUUGGAAUUUUAUGUAAUUAACGCGAUCGUGGUGGUUAACAACUUGAGUUCUUCCCGUUUCCAGACCAGUCACUGCUUUAUUGUCCACAAACGUCAUCAAAAAAGAAAAAAAAAUCAUGUCUAUCAAUAUUAACGAACUGAUGAAAAAUCUACCUGCCUCCCUCUCCUCGAUGAGAUCCCCUCCUGGCGAAAUAAAUGAUAUUAAUCAGUUGUCCACUCUACUGGAGUUGGAGAAAAGCAAUAUUGAAAACCCAGUCGUGACGGAGGACAAGAUUAAACUAUGCACGAACAAGGAGUUAGUCAUUUUUGGACAGUUACAAUACAUUCAACAAAACAAGACACGUUCUUCCGCUCUCUCGGCAGCUACGAUUACAAAGACGUCAACAACAACGUUACACAGCCUCCCAGAAAAUUAUGCUGGAAAUUUUGAGUUAUCUGACAAUAACCGGGUGGGAUUGGCGACAUUGGCGAAAAAUCCGAAUACCGUGCUCUGGGGAAAGUUUCUACUUUGUCGCAUCAUUUCCGAGGCGUCCAAAGUUGUUGGGAUUGAAACUGUGGUGGAUGACCCGGUGGGAAAGUUGGGGAUGAAAUUGGCGCUGUACAAUUACUCUGUGGAGUCCUCCGUUGCCACGACGAAUUUUCAGGAAGUGCUCCCUCUCGGGAUGUAUUCGGUAGUUAGAAAUCCUUGGUGGAAGUCUACUGCGAGUGGUGGUAUCGUGAUUCGAUGUGAUAAUCCGGCCGAGGUGGAUUUUAUGAGCGAAAAAGAAUUUCGAAGAAGGUUUCCAGAUCUUAACUGGAAGUCACAAAUUCCAUCCGCAUUCCGACACAUUUUACCAUUUUGGGAUCAAUAUUCCACAGAUGAAGAAAGAUUCAACAUUUUGAGGACCUCGGGUAACAAAGCAUUUGUCGCUAAGAGAUACACCGACGCGGAUCGCUUCUACAGUUUGGCAUUGGAAUAUUCCAACGAAAAUGAACAAAAGGCAAAUAUUUAGCAACCGGUCUGCCGUCUGUUUAGCAUACGAAUGCCUACAACAGGCCAUACUAUGGGCAGAAGAGGGAUUAAAAUUGGAUGGGACGAAUGAGAAGUGUCACUAUCGCAAAGUGAAGGCACUACUAGGAUUGGGUCACCAUGAACAAGCCGUUCAGGUUCUGACUGAUAUACUGAAGAAAUUUGGAGAAGACGCAAGCGCUGAGAAAUUGAAGGAGUUUGAAAAAUUGAUGAAACUGGCGCAGGGUCGGGCGUCGAGUGCAUCACUUACAAAAUCCCAACUAAUGGCGUUCAUCCCACAGCAAAAGUCGUCAAUAGACACCACCCUCCUUCCACUAAUUGAAGAUGGUCCAUUCACCCUCACCAACGUCGCCGAUAAAGGUCGUGGCGUACAUGCGACUCACGACAUACCUGCAGGAACACCUCUACUUUGCACUCGAGCAUUCGGUUACUUUACUCAAAAUUCGAUACCCUCUGAACUCUAUCUGAGUCACAAUUUCGACUCAAAAUCUGCCUACAUGAAGCCUGGCCAUGAUCAAAUUGUUGCUCAAAUUGCAAACAAAAUUCGUAUGGAGCCAUCUCUCGGAAAAGUGAUUUAUGCCCUUACUGCAGGAAAAGAUCUUGGACAUUUGAAUCAGGAUCAUGGCCACAUUUCCUGCCUCGAUAUGAAACGUAUCGACCGUAUCGUUUCGAUUAAUUGGUUUGGAACGGAUGAAUUAGAGGAAGGAGAUCGACAAUAUUCUGGGAUUUGGGUGAUGCCAUCAUUUUUUAAUCAUUCCUGUUCCGAGGCCAAUGUGGUGUGGUACGUUUACGAAAAUUAUAUGGUGAUGAGGACCACAACCCAGGUGAAGAAAGGGGACGAGAUGCUGGUCCAUUACAUCAACCCGGGACGUGAUUUUGAGAAAAGAGUAAACUGUUUUAAGGCACAUGAAUUUUUGUGUACGUGCCACCUCUGCCGGUUGGAUUCUGAAGAAUCGGCACUCGUAAAAAAUCGUCGGACCGAAAUAAUGAAGCAAGUACAUAAUUGGAGCAAGAAGGACUAUUUGGUAGAUCCGGCGAAGAUUGGGAAAUCUCUGAAACUAAUAAAAAUAUUGGAAGAUUUGAGUAAAUCAAAUCCAACGUAUAACACUUGUCUGCUGCACAAUUCCAUUAAAAUUUUAUGUGAAUCACUCUACGGGGUUGGGCAGUAUGAGAGAUGUGCUUACCUACUCCAGUCCUGCCUUAGAGUCGCCGACCGAGUAGGGGAUGGUGUUUAUGGUUUUAUUCUUCGAAUUAAUUUGAUCCGAUGCCACAUGGAAAUUAUUGUAGACCAGCACAUUUUUGAGUUGAAGAAACAAGUAGAUAUUCUAAAAUCUGAGGCAUUGCGCUUGUUCGGAUGCUUAGAAGCUAUUUCUGUUUUUGGAGAAGAAACUGUUAUGGAUUUGAAGAGAUUUGGAAUUGAAAUUUUUGAGUAAUUGAUUCGCAGCAAUAUGUAAUUAAGUUAUGUGGAAUAUGAUAAAUAUGCCAGGUGUCAUUCGUGUCCUUAUUUAUGUACAUGGUAUAAGUUAUUAGAAUAAUAAAUUAACUAAUAUAUGUC